AUGUCUCCAGCCAAUAUGUCAUGUAUUCACCCCUCGUCCUUCCUGCUGUUGGGAAUCCCAGGACUGGAACAUAUGCAACUCUGGCUUGGCUUCCCAUUUGGUACAGUGUACCUGAUUGCCCUCUUGGGAAAUGUCAUCAUCCUCUUUGUGAUCCAGACUGAGCACAGCCUUCACCAGCCCAUGUUCUACUUGUUGGCCAUGCUGGCCCUCACUGACCUGGGCCUCUCCACUGCCACCGUUCCCAAAAUGCUGAGCAUCUUCUGGUUUGGUCUUAGUGAGACUGCCUUUGGGGGAUGCUUAGCUCAAAUGUUCUUUGUACACCUGUUUACAGGCUUUGAAACAUUCAUGCUUGUAGCCAUGGCUUUUGACCGCUAUGUUGCCAUUUGCCACCCACUUCGAUACAACACAAUCCUCACAAACAGAACUAUCUGUAUUAUUGCUGUUGUAGGAAUGUUGAAAAAUUUUGUUUUGGUUUUUCCACUUGUAUUUCUCCUUUUAAGGCUUUCGUUCUGUGGACAUAAUACUAUCCCUCAUACCUACUGUGAGCACAUGGGCAUUGCCCGUCUGGCUUGUGUCAGCAUAAAGGUCAAUAUAAUAUUUGGAUUAGUUCUUAUCUCUAUGAUACUUCUGGAUGUUAUUUUGAUUGCUAUCUCCUAUGCGAAGAUUCUACAUUCUGUCUUCAAACUCCCAUCUUGGGAGGCCAGGCUCAAAGCACUCAAUACUUGUGGUUCCCAUGUCUGUGUUAUCUUAGCUUUCUUUAUUCCAGCCUUUUUCUCCUUUAUGACUCAUCGAUUUGGCCACAAUAUUCCACGUUAUAUCCACAUUCUCCUGGCUAAUUUAUAUGUGAUAAUUCCUCCUGCUCUUAACCCCAUCAUUUAUGGGGUGAGAACCAAGCAGAUCCGAGAUCGGGUGGUAACAAUCUUUCUUUUUAAGGAUAUUUGA